AUGGCACUGAAUACAAAUAAAACAAAAAUCAUGGUGGUAAGCAAGAACAAGAUUGAGGAAGACAGUAUUUAUGCUAAAGGAAAACUUUUAGGCAGUGUGCACAGAUAUCAGUUCUUAGGUUGCGAACUAAAUGAAGAAUGGGAUAGAAGGACAGAAAUAAAACAGCGUAUUGAGAUAGCUUGAAGUGCUUUUAAUAACAUGAAAGCAAUAUUAUGCAAUGGAAAACUCAACAUUGAAUUUAGAACUAGAGUAAUGAGAUCCUACGUGUUCUCUGUCCUGUUGUAUGGAGUUGAGGCCUGGACAAUUACAGAGGCGACAGAGAAAGGACUCAUUAACUUUAAAAUGUGGUGUUAUCGAAGAAUGUGA